AUGUGGUUUCUUCUGACAUUUCUUUUUCUUCUUUUUUUCUUUUCACAUUAUUCAUUCACCCAUUCUUUCUUUUCCUUGUUCGUUCCAUCUUUCUUUCUUUCUUUCUUUCUUUCUUUCUUUCUUUCUUUCUUUCUUUCUUUCUUUCUUAUUUCAUUCAUGUUUUCUUUCGUUCAUUUAUUCGUUCUUUUUUUCUUUUUCUUUGUUUCCUUUCUUCUUUCUUUCUUCUUUCUUUCCUUUUUCUUUUUUUUUCUUUCUUUUCUUCUUGCCUUUUUUUCUUUUUUCUUUUGCGCACUAUUCUUCUUUCUGUUGGUAUCGCUUCUCUUUUCUUUCACCCUUUUUGAUUUUCUUAUACAUUCAUAUGCGUUCUUUUCUCUGGCCUUCCUUUAUUGUCAUUUUUUUCUAAAAUUUCUUUUUCUUUCUUUUUCUUCGCACAUUUUCUUUCUUUCUUUCUUUCUUUCUUUCUUUCUUUCUUUCGCUGGUUCGUGCGUUCGAUCGUUUUCUAUACUAUCAUUUGUCGUUCGCGAUGAGAGAAUCCACCAUUCUUCCUUCCUUUCUUUCUUUUCCAACGUAUUAUUUCUGUCUUUUCCUUUUUCAAGUUUUCUCUUUUUCACCUUGCACUAUUCUCACGCUUUCUUUCUCUUUAGCAUUUUUUACUUUUUUUUUUCGAACGACUACUUUCUUUCUUUCUUUCUUUCUUUCUUUCUUUCUUUCUUUCUUUCUUAUUACUUCAUAAUUUUCUUUAAUCAACUUUUAUUUCUCACUACUUCCUUCCCUAAAUCAAUUUUCUUUUCUUUUUUAAUGAACUUUUUCUUUCUUUUCUUCUUUCUAUGUUCUUACGUCUAUUUAUUUUCCCUCUUCUCCCCAAGUUUCAUUUUUGAUUCUUUAUCUAUCCCGUUCUUUCUUUCUUUCUUUCUUUCUUUCUUUCUUUCUUUCUUUCUUUUUGUCACUACCUUUUUCAUUUCUUUUCCAAUCGUAUCCAUUCUCUCUCUCCCUCCCCCUCCCUCCCCCUCCCUCCCCUCCCUCCCUCCCUCCCUCUCUUAUUGUGACCGUAUGUACUUCUUUUUUCCUCGCUUGCCCUUCUCCUUCUAUUGA